AUGUCUACGCUCAUCUCAGCAGACAACGAGUGGUCCCCGCUCAAGGCCGUCAUUGUCGGCCGGGCAGAGCACUCGGCCUUCCCGUCUGAGCCACGGGCCGUGUUCGAGGCGAGCAUGCCAGCCGAGCACGUCGACGAGUUCCGGCCGGGAAACCCGUUCCCCGCCGACAUUGUGGCCAAGGCGCAGGAGGAGCUGGACAACCUGGCGGCGGUGCUGCAGCAGCACGGCGUCAAGGUCUACCGCCCGGACGAGGUGGACUGGCUCAAGGUCGGGGGCUACACGGGGUCGAUGCCGCGCGACACGCUGAUGACGGUGGGCAACACGCUCAUCGAGUCCCCCUUUGCGUGGGCCUGCCGCCGGCGCGAGGUCGAGCUCGGCUACUCGAGCAUCCUGCGCGAGCUGUCGUCGGGCGGCGGCGGCGCGGCACGCAUCUGCCGGGCGCCGACCAUCAUCGGCAAGGACACCAUCUACGACCAGGCCGUGGUGGACGGCACGCGCGCGCCCAACGGCAGCCCCAGCUGGACCAUCAACAACACGCGGCCGGCGGCCGACGUGGCCGACUUCAUGCGGCUGGGCAAGACGCUCGUCGGGCAGCUGAGCCACGUCACCAACAUGAAGGGCGUCGAGUACCUCCGCGCGCAGGUGCCCGACGGCUACUCGGUCGAGGUGCUGCGCACGACCGACGACCACGCCAUGCACAUUGACACGACGAUCCUGCCGCUGCGCCGCGGCCUGGCCGUGUACAACCCGGAGCGCGUGUCCGAGGCCGAGCUGCGCCGGCACGCCGUCUUUGCCGGCUGGGACCUCCGGCCGUGCCCGAUCAAGCCCAAGCCGCGCGCGCCCCCGAGCCCGCCCAUGUACAUGUGCUCGCCGUGGCUGGUGCUCAACGCGCUGAGCCUCAACGAGAGGCAGAUCUUUGUCGAGGAGCACGACGUCGAGUUUGCCGACUGGCUCCGCGACGAGUUUGGCAUGGAGCCCAUCAUGCUGCCGUUUCAGCACGUCAAUUGUCUCGGAGGCUCGUUUCACUGCGCAACGGUGGACUUGGUGCGCGGGUAG